ACCAGCACCUUGUCAUGGGAGCCGGCCGGGCAGCAAGGAGCGUACCAGCAACAAAACAUAACAUGACCUAACACAGAUAUCCAUGGCGAUUUUCAUGAGAGCAAAAAAGUUAUUCUCCACUUCUCUCAGAUCCUUUACUCGGUUUCAGAGGUGGAACCACACGUUAGGUGAAAGAAGUUUGCAAGGUGAAUUAUAUUCUGAAAUGGUUCCAGCGCCUAAUCCCGCGCUUCAACAAAUUGACACCUCAAAAUGGAAGAAGAUCCAAGCAAGCAAGGUGGGAAUAUCUGCUUCUAUGAUUUCGCAUCCGUCCUGGGUUGUAUUGAAUAUUCUUCAUAAAGGAGGGUUUGAAGCCUAUUUAGUUGGAGGCUGUGUCAGAGAUUUACUACUAAAUAGAAUACCUAAAGAUUUUGAUGUGAUUACCACUGCAAAUCUGAAACAAGUUUGGUCACAAUUUUCUUGGUAUUCUUCUUAGUUAGAAUUUAUAGGGUAA